AUGGAUGAUAAUACACAACUAGAUGAACAACAGCCAUUAGACGCAGUUUUUGGAGAUAGAGUUCGAAAAUUUCAAGAAUUUUUAGAUAGAGUUGACUCCAAUACUGGUGUUGACUAUAGAGCUCAAAUUAAAAAUUUAAUAAUAAAAAAUAAAAACAGAUUGAAUGUAUCAAUAGAUCAAAUAAGAGAUUAUGAUAGAGAAUUUUGGAAUGGUUUAUUAAAUCAACCAAGUGAUUAUUUACCAGCAUGUGAAAGAGCUUUGAGAGAUACUGUUUUAACUAUUUAUGAUCCAUCCGAUUCUUCAUUUCCCUCAGAUUUUGAUUCUAGUCAACAAUAUUAUUUAAGUUUUAAAGGUGCUUUUGGUUCGCAUUCAGUCACCCCAAGAUCAAUAGAUUCAAAUUAUUUGUCACAGAUGGUAUCAAUCGAAGGAAUUGUUACAAGAGCUUCAUUAGUUCGUCCAAAAGUUAUAAGAUCAGUUCAUUAUGCAGAACAAACUGGUAGAUUUUAUGCAAGAGAAUACAAAGAUCAGACAACUUCAUUUGAUGCAAUAUCAACACCAGCAAUUUAUCCUAGUGAAGAUAUGGAGGGUAAUAAAUUAACAACAGAAUAUGGAUAUUCAACUUAUAGGGAUCAUCAAAAAAUUUCAGUACAGGAAAUGCCAGAAACUGCUCCAGCUGGGCAAUUACCAAAGUCGGUUGAUGUUAUAUUAGAUGAUGAUCUUGUUGAUUUGACAAAGCCAGGUGAUCGUAUUCAAAUUGUUGGUGUUUAUCGUGCUUUAGGUGGUGGUGCUAAUAAUAAUUCAACUUUCAAAACUGUUAUUAUAGGUAAUUCUGUAUAUCCGUUACAUGCUAGAUCUACUGGUGUUGCUGCUCAAGAAAAAAUCACUGAUCAUGAUAUCAGAAAUAUAAAUAAAUUAUCAAAGGAUAGAAAGAUAUUUGAAAUUUUAUCAAACUCUUUAGCACCAUCAAUUUAUGGAUUUGAUUAUAUAAAAAAGGCUGUUUUAUUAAUGAUGAUGGGUGGUGUUGAAAAAAAUUUGGAUAAUGGUUCUCAUUUAAGAGGAGAUAUUAAUAUUUUGAUGGUUGGAGAUCCUUCAACUGCAAAAUCUCAAAUUUUAAGAUUUGUUUUAAAUACAGCAUCAUUAGCUAUAGCAACUACAGGUAGAGGUUCUUCUGGUGUUGGUUUAACUGCAGCAGUGACGACUGAUAAAGAAACUGGGGAAAGAAGAUUAGAGGCAGGUGCUAUGGUUUUAGCUGAUAGAGGUGUGGUUUGUAUCGAUGAGUUUGAUAAAAUGUCAGAUGCUGAUAGAGUUGCAAUUCAUGAGGUUAUGGAGCAACAGACAGUUACUAUUGCAAAAGCCGGUAUUCAUACUUCAUUAAAUGCUCGUUGUUCUGUUAUAGCUGCUGCAAAUCCUGUUUUUGGACAAUAUGAUGUGCAUAAAGAUCCACAUAAAAAUAUUGCAUUACCUGAUUCAUUAUUAUCACGUUUCGAUUUAUUAUUUGUUGUUACUGAUGAUGUUAAUCCAAUAAAAGAUAGAGUCAUAUCUGAGCAUGUAUUAAGAAUGCACAGAUUUAUUCCACCAGGUAUGGCUGAAGGUGAACCUAUCAGAGAAAAAUCUAGUGUAGUAUUGGCUGUUGGAGAUGAUGAAAUGAAUGAAAAAGAAUUAUUAGAACAACCAAUUUUUGAAAAAUUUAAUGCUUUAUUACAUGCUGGUGUAGCUGCUAAUUCAAGAUCCAAAAAGUCACCAACAAUAUUAUCCAUUCCGUUUUUGAAGAAAUACAUUCAAUAUGCAAAACAAAGAAUUAAACCAGUGUUAAGUAAAAAUGCAUCAGAUUAUAUCGUGUCUACUUAUUCGAGUUUACGUAAUGAUUUAAUUGGAAGUAAUCAAAGAAACACUGCACCAAUCACAGCAAGAACUUUGGAAACUUUAAUUCGUUUAGCAUCAGCUCAUGCAAAAGUUAGAUUAUCAAGAACUGUUGAAGUGAAAGAUGCUAAAGUAGCUGAAGAAUUAUUGAGAUAUGCUUUAUUCAAAGAAAUAUCAAGUAAACAAGCUAAAAAGAAAAGAAGAACAGGUGGAACAAGAGAUGAAGGACUUGAAUCAGGUAACGCUAAUGAAAGUAGUGAAGAAGACGAAGAUCAAGAAGAAGAAGAAGAAGAAGAAGUUUAUGUACCAAGAGUCUCGACUCGAAGACGAAGAAAUUAUGAAGAUCAAGAUCGAGAAGAAGAUCAAUUACAAAUACAAGAGCAAGAAGUUCCACUUGAAGACCAUUUACGUAACACACAUUUAACAAAUGAACAGGAUGAGCCAGAUUUGGAUAACGAAACUUCUUCACAUACACCUUUACCAUCACAAACAACGGCACAAUCAAGACCACUACCACUUGCUCCAUUAUCUUCUUCCAUAUCCAACGUACAACAAUCAUUAUUAAGUUCAGAAAGAUUUGCACAAUUAUCAAGUAAAAUUGCUAGGAUAUUUAGAUCCGAUUUGUUCGACAACGGAUCUGCACCUUAUUCUUCGGUGGUUCAAGCUAUAAACGGUGACGUUGGUCAAGAAGAUCAAUUUACCGAGUUGGAGUUGCAAGCUGGAUUCAAGAAACUAGAAGAUGAUAAUAAAAUUUAUAUUGAAGGUGAUAAAAUAUGGAUAAUUUGA